UGUGUGAAGAUUUGUCAGUCGGAAUGUGUGCCUAUUCAGUUGCUUUCUCAGGGAAGCGUUGCUCUUUGGAGACUUAUGAAUCAAGUGAGGGAACAACAAGGUACCAAUGCAAGACCUCAGAUGUGUUGGUAUCCAAUAUUGGCAUAACAAAUUUGAUUGAAAGUGAUGAGUGUAUAAGUGCUUGUGGAGUUGAUAGGAACUCUGUUGGCAUUUCUUCUGAUUCACUUUUUGAAUCAACAUUCACUUCUAAGCUUUGCUCUCAACAAUGCAACCAAAAGUGCCCCAACAUUGUUGAUCUUUACUACAACUUGGCUUUGGGAGAAGGGGUGUAUUUGCCAGCAUUUUGCAAGGGAAGAAAUUUGAAAGGACGCCGUGAAAUGAGCCAAAUCCAAAGUUCAGGUUUGGCGUUUGCACCUUCAGCUGCCUGGGACAGAUAUGGUCGACAGUUGAGUGAAGGCCCUGCUGCAAGUGCUGCAUUCACAUUCGAUGAUUCGGAGGCUGAUUCUCCAUGGUGAUCAUGAAGCUUUUCCAAUUGCAUUACUAAGGGGUUCAUAUGUUACUCUGUUUACAAAUUAUCCUUUUUGUUGGUUUGCUUUUUAUUAAAUAAUCUGUAGAAGUUUGAGGAUUACUUCAGUUGUCUCCUUAUAUG